AUGGUUGCAGAUCCAGUUCAAGCAACUGUUCAAACAUUGAAAGACUUUUAUCGUCAAGCCAAUCAUUUUCUUGAAGAUCAACAGGAUAAAAUUACCAAAUCUCCUUAUUAUGACAAAGUAGUCAAUCUCACUAAAGGUAUUGAGGGUCCAGGAGGUUCAAUUGCUACGCCACCAAAAAGACCACCACCACCAGGAUUUCGUCAUCAUUCUGUUCAUCUAUGGAAUAAUAUAAUCCAUAGUAUAUCCCAUAAUAAACUAAAAUAUGCGUCUGUUUUCACUGUGGGUUUGGGUAUCACUAUAUAUUACUUGACUAGAUCUAGUAAAAUGGCCAAAAGAAGAGUACCUAAACUUGCUAAUGGUGCACGUCGUGAUGUAGUAUUAAUUAUUGGAUCACCUACUGAACCAUUAACUAGAUCUAUUGCAGUUGAUUUUGAGAAAAGAGGAUUUAUUGUCUACAUGACAUUAUUAGAUAUGAAUGAUGUGAAAUAUGUUGAAUCAAAUAAAAUUAGUAAUGAUUUGAAUUAUAUAAAUAUUAAUGAUUCUAAAAAUAUGGAUGAUCAUAUUUUUGAAUUUAAUCAAAUUUUAAAGACUCCAAUUGUGCCAUUCCCAAAUGCUAAUCCUCAUUAUUUACAAUUAAAAGCAGUAAUUUUCACACCUGGUUUACAUUUCCCAGUUGGUCCUAUUGAAAAUAUGGCAAUUUCUUCAUGGGUUAAAUUAAGUGAUAGAUUACUUACAUAUGUUAAAUUAUUUUCUUCUGGAUUAAUUCAAACUGUUAGAUCACAAGAUUCAAAGAUUAUUCUUUUAAGUCCAAAUAUUGUAAGUGGUUUAUCAAUGCCAUAUUAUGGUCCUGAAACUGUUUUCCAACAAAAUUUGAAAUCUUUAUUUACUGUAUUAACUAGAGAAUUGGCAAGUCAAGAUAUAUCUGUUACUCAAGUUAGAUUGGGUAAUUUACAUUUACUGAAUCAAAGAUUAAGCUCUACUGCGAGAAUUGAAAGUUUGGUGAACUCUGAAGUUAGAGCAUGGACUUCAGAAAUGAAAGGUUUGUAUGGUAAUAAUUUCAGUAAUGUUCAAUUUAAAGCUAAUCCUUUGAAAUCAAGUGGUGGUAAAGGUACUAAUUUAGUUGUAUUGUAUCAUUUGUUAUUUGAUUUAAUUUACAAUAAAUCUUCUAAUCCAGCUGUAUUAUAUUGUGGUACUGGUGCAAGACUUUAUGAUUGGAUAUCUAAAUUAUUACCAGAAUCUUGGGUGCAAUGGUUACUAAAAUAG